CUGUAGCAGAGUAUUCAGACCUGUAACUCACAGCUGAUGGGCGUCAGUGAGUGUAAGGAGAUCUGAAGAUGACGUGAUGAUAUGAAGGAAUGUGUGAGCUUGUUUUUGGAUUAUAGUCCUGAUCAACUCUGAAUGGGAAUAUCAGCAGUGAUGGAAUACUAACAUUAAGCAUCUUCUCGUCAGCAUUGACAACAACGGUACAUUCUAUAAUAACUCUGUGUCCUGAGGAGCGACAAUGAGAGACCGCUUGGAGGAGCUGCAGCAGAGGGCUCAAGAGUUUUCUGAGGCACAGAGUGAGAAUCCCAGCCCUUUCUCAGCGGAGGGUGAUAAUGACGACUCUGUGGCGGUCAUCACGCCUCAGGCUGUGGUGUUCGAGGAAGAGCCAAUCAUUGAGAGUUUCCUGUCUGAAGCUCAGCAAAUCAGAGAUGAUAUCACAAUACUGGACAUAGAGGUCCUGAAGUUUGGCCAGCAGCAGAAGACCUUGGUGGCAACCAUGCGUCGCUUCAGUGUGAUGAAGAAAGAGAGCAGUAUAACCCGGGACAUCAAGCUCAAGGCUGAGAGCAUCCAUCGACGCUUAGAAGCCCUUUCAAAACAGGUCCAAAGGACUGCGGACCAGCAGGGACCCACUGCUAUUACAACGCGAAUACAGCGCUCCCAGCAUACAGCGCUCUACCGCAAAUUCCAGCAGGUAAUGCUGCAGCAUAAUGAGGGUCUGCUGACCAAGCAGGAGCGCUGUAAGCACUUCAUUAUCCGUCAGCUGGAGGUAUCUGGAAGGGAUACGACGGAGGAGGAGGUGAAUGAGAUGGUGGACACGGGAAAAUGGGAAGUCUUCAAUGAAAACCUGCUGAAUGAUGCCAGAAUCACACGGUCGCAACUAUCUGAGAUUGAACAGCGACACAAGGAGCUGUUGAGUCUGGAGAACAACAUGAAGGAGCUCAAGGACCUGUUCGUGGACAUUUUCAUGCUGGUGGAGCAACAAGGGGCCUACAUUGAAAACAUCCAGACCAACGUAGAGAGGACGCAGGAUUACGUGGCUGUGUCUAAUGAGAAGUUCAAGACGGCCGCCAGAUACAAGAAGAAGAACCCACUUCGACAGCUGUGCUGCUGCUGCUGCCCUCCCUGGAGAUGCUGCUUAUAAAACGUGCAUUUUUUCUUUUUUUUACCUCAAUGGUUGUUCUGAAUAAUGUUUUAUUUCAAAAGUCUCACUUACCUUUUGGGAGUGAGCAACGUUGGAUUCAAGUACCAUUACGGUGGAGGUUAAGGCACUGCAGUUUUCGCUGUUGAACAGAGCGACGGUGAAGACGGAUCCAGCGGAGCAUAGAAAACAAUUAGGGGGAAAAGCCAGAAUUGGUAUUUGAGGCAAUUGUUUCUUUCAAGAGGAUGUGAGGCGACUUCUAUUGGAAGAGACAGUUCAGUGAGUGCUACUCACCAACACUGCUGCUUAUUGGAGACCUUCACUGUCAUCUGACAGAGGUCACAAACAAGGGGAGACCACUGCCUCCGCCACUGCUACAUCAGCAAGACGAAAGAGCCUCUCAUGUUUUUUUUUUUCUGCUACAGGAGCUCUAGUUAAUGACCAUUUAUUUUUUUAUACAGUACGUGCACUUUAAGACUUAUCUAUAUAUUUUUGUCCUUUCAGCACAAACUAAAUUUCGAGGUCGUGGAGAGAGAGAUUUUGAGCCAUUAUGUAUUCAUUUCAUUCUUGGUCCACAUGCUGAUGAAAAAAGAACUUGUUUCACCAUUAGUCACCAGUCUCAUUUGCAUUUCAAAGUAUGAUAAUUUUUCUGUGAACAAAAAAAAAUAUUAUUCCUUUAUUCGGUUUCACAGAGGCGGGGAUUCAAGUAAAACUUUGAAUAACGAGCCUUGAUCAAAAUAUGUCCACCAUAGUGA